CUAUCACCGUAGUGAUAACACAGCAAACAAUAUUAUUUCUACAACAAACAGUAUUAUGGUACCCACUUCUUUUAACGCCUGAAUGAACUUGCACUGGCUAAAUAAAAACAUUUCACAAUUUUAAGCGGCAUGCUUCACUUUAAUUAUAGCCCUUGAUUUACACUAAGUAGCGAAUAAUGUCAUUCAAUAACCACCGGAAGAACGCAGCCAUGGUUUCCUCUACCAUUGACACAUCAACAAUUCGUGCUCUAAUACACUAUUGAUCAAUAAUAGAAGAAAGAUAACUCGCUGGGGUAAAAAAGGAAUUGCCAAAUUCAACUCUCUGAAAAUAAAUUGGAAUCGGCAUUUCUUGAGUGUGGAGCUGUUUAUACUAGUAUUAUGUUUAGGUUUAAAUCCAAGUGGAUUAACUAUUCACGAGAAGUUCUACCCUGACGGUGACCGAAGGGCGGAUGGCGCCCUCCAAAGUUAGGCGACUCCUAACCACUGUGAUGUGCGUGAUGUGCGUGUCUCUACUAGUCAACGUCGUCUUGUGGUUCAAAGGUCAAGGCAGGACCAUGGCGGUGUCUGUCAUGGACGAGGAUGACGAAACUCGUCUGCGGUCAAAAGAGGUGGUUCUCAAAUUAGCAGACGACGUGGGCCUGUUCUCCAUCAGGCCUGGCAAAGAAGCAUUACUUACUUGCAGCUUGGAUCAGGAUACGAAGGAUAUCCCUAGCAAAGCACUGAGCUGUUUUUCUAUGCUGGCUUACCCCGUGCCCAGAACUACCCAGCUGUUAAUUGCCCACUUGGAGUCGCAGAUAGCCACGAAGAAUUACGUCAUCUCCUUCCUGUCUCAGCCAAUCAGAAACAGGUUCUCAUUUACAUACACCAACGUCAUCCAGAAUGGAUGCUGGGAAAGAAACCCGGAAGUGCUCCUGGUUAUUCCGUCCGCUCCAGAAAACUUUGAACGGAGGGAGCUGGUCAGGAAAAGUGAGAGAGGGGUUUACGCCUCUCGCCCUGAUAGUAACGUUAAUCUGGUUUUCUUUGUGGGGAGACCAGAAAACAACACAUUGCUUCAGCAGAGACUGACCAUAGAAUCCUACGUCCAUGGUGACAUCGUGCAGGUCAACUUUGUCGACGUGUACCGUAACAUCUUGCUCAAAGCAGUAUCCAUGCUGCACUGGUCCUUGACCCACUGCCCCAAAGCCAGAUACGUGUUACGGACGGACGACGAUGUCCUGGUUGACAUCCAGAAGGUCGUCCAGGCGAUCCGACGCAAGAGGGAGCUUCACGAGAAUUUCAUCCUCGGCAAGACCGACGUGAAAUUCAACGUGGUGAGGAAUAAGAGCAGCAAGUACUAUGUCUCCCCCAAGGAGUUCGACCAGGAGGUCUAUCCGCCUUUCGCCUUUGGCGGCCUCCUGGCCUACCCCAUGAGUACGGUAUCGCUGCUGUACCAGGCGGCUCUUCGCCUGAAGACUCUCUGGCUCGACGACGUCUUCAUCACGGGGAUAUGUGCCCCCAGGGUGGGCGUGCCUCUGGUGGACGACCCUGACUUUGAGUUUGAGCAUCCUGAGGAAUAGUCCAUUCCUUUUGAGAGGCGUUUCAAUGUAUUUUUUUUUUUCGUUAACACUGUUGAUAGUUUUUAAUUCCCUACUAUUUUUAAUUAUGUUUAAUUAAGGCAGCGUUUUUUAUGAGAAUGUAUUACUGUACUGAAGGUGUGUGUGUGUGUGCGUAUAGAACAUAAGUAUCUAAGUAUAAAAGCGUAUUGUAAGGAAAUAUAUGUUUGUUUGUAAAAUGUUUUACUUAUUUCGGAUGUUCCUUCAGAGUUGAAGAUAAUUACUUCCUAGUCCAAACCUCCCGCAGGACGACGGGGGAUGGGAGCGGGCAGGGUUUGAACCCGGGACCAUCGAUGAGUCCGAACGACAGUCCAGCGUGCAAACCGCACGACCAGGCAGCCAUCCAUAUAUAUGUGUGUGUGUGUAUAAGAAGUAGUGAGUAGCCUUCCAGAUCUUGCGGUCCAAGAUAAAGAUGAUGACAAGCUCAUCUUUUUCUAUGGCCCUUUAGAUCGCAGGGACUUUACUUUACUAAACUAUUAUUAUUAAUAUUAUGGAAAUUAAUUUUCGUUCUCUGGAACUGCCAGGGUCGUGCUUAAUGUAGGUGAAACAUAAUUCACUACAGUCCCUUUAACAGUGUCCACUGAGACAUCGUCUAAUGGUGUUGCAGGUCUGUGGCAGUGCUGCCCUAUGACUGGUAUAUGACUGGUUCUAAGGCUCCUCUCUGGAACGCUUAGGGCUACGAAUCGGUCUGCGAGGCGAACAGUCCUUAUUAGUAUUACUAUUUAUUAUUGUGAAAGAAAAUAUGUGCAAAACCUUUUUUCUUUAUUUUACAUAUUUUCUGCAAUUAGUCAUCUAAUUAAUGUCAUGGACAGAGUAUAAUAUAUGAGCGGUGAAGAGCUUGGCUUCCGAACCGGAGGUCCCGGGCUCGAAUCCUGGUGAGGACUGGCAUUUAUAGUUUCGGGACCUUUAAGCGCCUCUGAGUCCACUCGGCUCUGACGGGUACCUGACAUUAGUUGGGGGAAAGUAAAGGCGGUGGUCGUUUUGCUGGCCACGUGACACCCUCGUUAACCGUGGUCCACAGAAACAGAUGACCUUUACAUCAUCUGCCCUAAAGAUCGCAAAGGUCUGGAAGGGGAACUAAGAAGAUAUUUAAAUAAAUCGACCCGACAUUGAUUGCGUUCGCUGUGACAAAUUAUCUAGGUCACUCCAGGGGCUGCGUGGCCACUUGAAAUGCUGCACUCUUCGUCAGUCUUCAGAAUCCAACACAUUCGUCUUAUUCCUGUAAAUAUUUUAUUUAACAGCGGUUCUCAACCUUUUUAGCUCGGCGACCCUUUUUACUGUUCCCAACUAUGUGGCGACCCCCCAGCAGUCAAAUUAUUUUCUUUUAUAUGCCUAAGUAACUGCUUUUGCUUAUGUUAUAUAAAAUUAUAUGAUAGUAUAAAUGUGAAGGUAUUGCCAAAAUUGUAUUUUAAUUACAAAACAAUAUGUGAUUGCCGUAUAGCAGGGGUUCUCAACCUGUGAGUCGCGAAUGACGAUUUGCCAGGGGUCGCCUAAGACCAUCGAAAAUAUGGAUUGUUAUUGUUUAUUCUUCUGUUGCUGUAUCUGUGUGUGUGUGUGGGGGGGGGUCGCGACAGAGUGGGUGAUUGUAAAAAGGGGUGGCCGAGCAUAAAAGGUUGAGAACCGCUGCCGUAUAGUCUUAAAGUAUGAUUCUUCAAAGAAUUAAAUUCCAAAUAGAUUUAAGUUUAUGUUGUGCAUUCAUUAACUUUUCUAUUUGGUAUCCACCCUAUCCAUGUUCAAAACUUAUGUGAAAAUGUCAAAAGAAUUGAUAGGGACCAGGGUAAGAGUAAAAUGCAGCACUACGAUUGUUGGGACAGUUUGGCAUUGUUUCUGUUUCACCAGAUCAGGGAUUUUCAAGGCGGUCUUUGCAGGAUGAUAAAGAAUGCCGUCUUGUGCAGCAUCAAGUCUUUUUCUGUAUUUAGCUAUAAUUGAUAACUAUCAGGCUUUUUAAACUGUCGCAGCGGUUGUUUUGGUAGAUACCAAAUUGAAAACGUUAAUAAAUGCACUCCAUAAUAAAAAAAAAUGAAUCAACUUUCUGAUAUACAUCUUGAGUUGUAGUCGUUUCAAGUAGCCUGCAUAAGAUAAACUCGUCUUUGAAAUCAUCAUCAAGUCUAUACCUAAAUAUAGACAUACAUAACUUGGUCUCUAUGUCUGCAAAGUUCAGAUGUCUACUCUAUACCUAAACAUAGACCUACAUAACUUGGUCUCCAUGUCUGCAAAGCUCAGAUGUCUACUCUAUACCUAAACAUAGACCUACAUAACUUGGUCUCCAUGUCGGCAAAGCUCAAAUGUCUACUCUAUACCUAAACAUAGACAUACAUAACUUGGUCUCCAUGUCGGCAAGCUCAGAUGUCUACUCUAUACCUAAACAUAGACCUACAUAACUUGGUCUCCAUGUCUGCAAAGCUCAGAUGUCUACUCUAUACCUAAACAUAGACCUACAUAGCUUGGUCUCCAUGUCUGCAAAGCUUAGAUGUCUACUCUACCUAAACAUAGACCUACAUAACUUGGUCUCCAUGUCGGCAAAGCUCAGAUGUCUACUCUAUACCUAAACAUAGACCUACAUAACUUGGUCUCCAUGUCGGCAAGCUCAGAUGUCUACUCUAUACCUAAACAUAGACCUACAUAACUUGGUCUCCAUGUCUGCAAAGCUCAGAUGUCUACUCUAUACCUAAACAUAGACCUACAUAACUUGGUCUCCAUGUCGGCAAAGCUCUUUCUAUUAAUUUUUAUGCUAUCAAUAACACUUAUCCCGCUUGAGAGACGACCGCAUGCCAAAGGCGAUUGUUGUGAACUCCUUGGCCUAUGACUGACGAGCUUUGAGGUGCCCCUCUCCCGCGUGAGCGCUAUAAAGAUUUAUUCAGGCGCCAUUUCGCUCUCACUGGCAUAGAGGAAAGUACCUGGCAGCAUUCUCUGGCAGCAGAUAGCCUCUGAGAGAAACAGUUCGAGAGCUCUUACAAAAACUGCGGGACAAACAUUUGAUACUCAAAGAAAAGCCAGCAUACAACGGCUUUGUCUGCAUAAAAUUCGGAAAAAUAUAGACCUAUCGGUCGCAGUUGGGUUUGCGUAGUUAUGUGAAACACUGGACUCAGCCGUAAUCUUCGGAAUUAAAGGCAAAAACAGCCAAUAUUAUCAUUAUGCAAAAAUUAUGUCAAAUAAUUUGCAGUGAUUACACACAAAAAUUAAUUGUAAUGACUUUCUUUCAAAUCCUAAGAAUAGUCUCCGUUUGAAGUUUUGAAUAUUAGGGCCUACUGUUUUUAGGUUUAAUUGUAAAUUUAGUUUUAAUUUUUAAUAUAAAUAUUAUUAUUGCAGAAUUCACUACAAAAUGAAAUUAAGCUAAUGGGAACCUUGUGCCUCCUGUAGUCGGACAAUAUUAGAAAUUUUAAGCUUUAAAUUAGCCAAGGCAAGGCGAAGGUCUCCUCUAGUUGCUACAUCCAGUCUAUUUCUUUGCUUAUUCAUUAACUUUGUUACGCACUAAAUCUAGGUUAACCAUUUAUGUUGAUGGAAUAGCUAAAACAUACUUCCAUUUUCGACCAAAGUUUGGAAUUUACUGAAACAUUUAAAUGCAGCCACAUCUCUGUUGUGCCUCUAGGGGCGUAGCUAGGAAUUUCCAUCGUUUGGGGGCCAGGGGGCUUGACAUCUUAGGAGGCCGAUGCAUUUAGCGUAAUAUUUAAUUUAAUUAAUUAAAAAAGCAAUAAUUUGGUCCCCCCCUUAAAUGGGUGCCUGGGGGAUUUUUCAAUUUCCCCCUUCCCCCCACCCUAGCUACGCCACUGUGUGCCUCCUAUGUUUACAUUCUUUUUACUGAAGACAUGAUUUUGUAAACUUAUUUUUUCAUGCAACUCAAUUUGAACGUCAGUAACAGAUGUUUAAUAAUUGUCAUUUAUAUAUUUAUUUUUUUUAAAUUUUAGAAGCGAAUCAUAAUUUCUUCAUAGAGCAUUGUUAUGUGAAUUGCAUAGAUAUCGGUGUCCUUGGGCAGUAAUUCAUUUGUCCACAAACAAGUUAAUGUGAGAUUAUAAAACUCUUUAAAAUAGAUUUAAUUCCUCGAUAAAAGAAGAAAAUGAUCAAUAAAAGUCAAUUUCUUUCCUAGCAGACGGAGGUUCGUUUCAUUCAUUUGUGUUAGAUGCCUAGCAUGGAAAACUUUUUUUUAGCCUGCUUUAAGUCAUCGCCAACUGUUGAAUCUUCCCGUUUCUCAAAAUAAAAAUUAUUUAAGAGCUUAAAAAAACGAGCCAUAACCAUUAACAAACACCUUUCGAAAUCCAGCGAACUUCAGUUUACAACAAGAGUCUAACAUCUUUUUCAUCAUUUGUUUCACCAAACUGUUGAAAGAUGCGCUUAUUUUCGGCAUGGGUUUGUAUUUUAUUUACAGUUUUAUAAUUAGAUUCAAGUAGAAAUGAAAUUGCGGACUAAACUUUUCUUGUGUAUCAUGACUCACAAUGUGAAUAGUGAAUAGAUGUGUUCUUUAUUCUAUAUUACUUAUGAAGUCAUUGUAGCGUCCAACCACUGAUGGUUUCCUAUAUGUCCCCAUAAGCUACAUAACAAGACAAUUUUGAAAUAAUAUUUCAUCUCUAACAGAAAAAAAGUCUUUUUGUGUUACACAUGUUUUAAAAUAAAUUUAGUUUUAAUCAAUUUUUCAACAAUAUCAUAAGAAUUUUUAAAAAGCUAUGCAUUUUUCUAAGAAGCCACUAAAACAUAUCCUGCUUUGCUGUUUUUUGUUUUUAAUAUUGUUUUAAUUGUAGAUUUUUAUAAUUGUUCAUGAGUAUUCUUAAAUUAUUUUUGGAUAUCGCUAUAUGUUCGUGAAACCAACUUGGUUUCAUAACCUCAUCUGAAAAUGCCAUCAAAGUAGAACUUACUAUUUUUCUAGUGGCAAUUCCCUAAAUCUCAAGGAAAUAUUACAUGACAUACCAGUAAGUUUUCGUAACAUUUUAUCAAUGUUUUUUUGUUUUUGAAAAGCUAAAUUAUUCUAUUAAAUGUUACCUGUAAUGUUUUUUGCAAUUAACAUUUACAUAUUAAUAUAUUAACAUAUGUAGAUAAAAUAAACUAUAAUCUAAAAGGCGUAUUACCUACUUUGUUUAUCAAAUCUUAAACGUUUAUAUGCGCGAGAUCCAUGGACCAAUGGACAAUAAAUACUCUCCAAUCAUAGCAAAACAGUAAGAAUUUUAAAAAUAGAAAAUGGGAUUCCCGAACUCAAUUUCUAACGCUGUUCCUAUUCUUAAAUUAGAAGCAAGUUAACUAUAAUUUGUCUAUAUUUAGUUUAAUGUUGAAGAAUUUUAAAAUUUGUUUUGUUUGAGAGCACCUUUAGUUUCUUCUUUCCGCCUUUAUGUCCAGCGCCCCCUUACCGCCCCAUUUUGAUAUCGCCCCCGUUGAAGACCACUGAGAUAGACUAACCAAAAAAAUCAUAAUUUCGAUGGUCUUCGGCGACCCCCGGCAAAUUGUCAUUCGACCCCAAAAGGGGUCCCGACCCAUUGAUUGAGAACCCCUGGUUUAUUAGCAUGUGCUUCUGUAUUUUAUUAUGACCUUUUUUUAUUUCAUACACCGUUUGAUCGUCUUCGAGCUCUAAGUUUGAAAAAAAAAAAAAAAACAA